AUGAAAGCUGUGUGGUUUUUGACUUUCCUAUCAACUGCUCUUGUUCAAGGAAAAAAUGUUGAUAACGUCGUUGUCAUUCCUCAAGAAUUUGUUCCCGCUAUUAUAAAAGCAUCAUCGGAAUGUAUUGAAAAGUAUAAUAUGCCAGCAGAUACCUUGCAAAAGGUGUUCGAUGAGGAACUAGAUGACUCUGAGAAUGGUAAAAAGUAUUUGCAUUGCCUGGGAUGUGACACCGGAUAUCUUGAUGUCAGUGGAAAUAUCGUUAAAGAUAAGGUGCUUCAAAUUGUUGGUCCGUACAAAAAAAAAGUUAAUGCUGUUGUGGACGAAUGCAAUCAAAUUAAAUAUAGUGACGAGUUUGAAACAGCGUACCGGCGUAUCAUGUGUUUCUACAUUAAAUCGGAAAUACACUUUAAAACG